ACUGUAAUCUCCUGCCAGCUUUUCACUACUCACAUCCCUCUCUUACUAAAUUCCUAAUUUUUUAGAUUUGUGUAAUUAUCACUCUAUUUGUUCAUACCUGCUUAACCAUACUCUUCUCAAUCACUCCAUUUUUCUUCUUUCUCUUCAUAUACAUAUAUUUUAUUUUAUUUUAUUUUUUGUUUUUUAUUUUUCAUUUUUAUAAAAAAAAAAGUUCAUUUUUUUUGUCUUGUUGCUGAUACCCAUUAGCAUUUUAUUUUCUGGGGUCAAUGCGGUCAAGUUCCACCAAAAUUAGGGCUUCAAUCGGUGCUAUGGGUUGAUUGAUUUCGGUGAUUUUUGUCAAAAUAAUGUAGUUUGAGUAAAUUGUGUUGUAUUCUUAUUCUGAAUAAUAUAAUAAAUUUUUCAUCUUUCAUUUUUUGUGGCGUUACAAUUUGUGUAAAUUUUGCUUCUUUUUCACUUACCCUUAUCCUCGAUUUACACCUUAUUAGCGUUUAACGGCUAAUCAGCUGAGUAUAUUGAGAAAUCUUAAUGGGUUUGAGUGAAUUAUCGAAUAAAGUUUGAAUUUUUUGAGUUUUGACCCCUUUAAGCACAAUUAGGUGCUGAAUUGGGAACAAAUCUGCGAGGAAAAGGGUUAUUGUAGUUACUGAUUAUAGGUUAAUUCACUAUGGAUCAUGUGAUUGGUGGGAAGUUUAAAUUGGGAAGGAAAAUUGGAAGUGGGUCUUUUGGGGAGCUAUAUAUAGCUGUUAAUGUACAAACUGGAGAGGAAGUUGCUGUUAAGCUGGAGCCUGUGAAGACCAAGCAUCCACAGCUUCACUAUGAAUCAAAAUUGUAUAUGCUACUCCAAGGAGGAACGGGGGUGCCUCACCUCAAGUGGUUUGGAGUUGAGGGAGAGUACAACGUGAUGGCAAUUGACCUUCUUGGACCCAGUCUGGAAGAUCUGUUCAAUUAUUGCAACCGGAAGUUAACAUUGAAGUCGGUAUUAAUGCUUGCUGAUCAAUUAAUUAACAGAGUUGAAUAUAUGCAUUCAAGAGGUUUCCUUCACCGUGACAUAAAGCCAGACAAUUUUUUAAUGGGCCUAGGACGUAAAGCAAACCAGGUCUACAUCAUUGACUAUGGCCUCGCCAAAAAAUUCAGAGAUCUUCAGACUCAUAAGCACAUACCAUACCGGGAAAACAAGAACCUUACAGGGACAGCUCGGUAUGCGAGUGUCAACACUCACCUUGGAAUCGAACAAAGCAGAAGGGAUGAUCUGGAAUCUCUUGGUUAUGUUCUCAUGUACUUCUUAAGAGGAAGUCUUCCUUGGCAAGGACUGAAGGCGGGCACCAAAAAACAAAAAUAUGAUAAAAUAAGUGAGAAGAAGAUGGCAACUUCCAUAGAAGCGCUCUGCAAAUCAUAUCCCUCAGAGUUUGUAUCAUACUUUCACUACUGCCGAUCAUUGCGGUUUGAAGACAAGCCCGACUAUUCAUAUUUGAAGAGGCUUUUUCGAGAUCUAUUUAUACGAGAAGGUUAUCAAUUUGACUAUGUUUUCGACUGGACUAUAUUGAAGUAUCCACAGAUUAGUGGCAGUUCUAGAGGGCGGCAUGACAGUGGCAAGGCGGCUAUGAAUGCAGGGCCAUCUGUACAGAAGCCAGAAAAGAUCUCAGUUGGGAAAGAGCUUCGAGAGAGAUUCACUGGUGCUGUUGAAGCAUUCUCGCGGAGGAACCCAAGUCCCCGUGGUGAACACUCCAAACAUAGGGGUUAUGAGGAGGCAGCAGCCAUACACAAGGAUGUGUAUCAUGAUCAAGAGAAGGGACGCAGUUCCGCUCGAUAUGGAAGCAGUUCAAGAAGACCAAUAAUUUCAUCAUCAACGAGGCCAAGCUCCUCAGGUGAUCAUACAGACAGUCGUACUGGCCGGCUGACCUCAUCUGUUAGCCGUCCAUCUACCACACAGAGAAUUCAACCUGUGUAUGAGACCAAACAGCCAACCUACACGCGGUCGGGAUCUACUAGAGGCAACCGCGAUGAUCCUCUGCGGAGUUUUGAACUCCUUUCUAUCAGGAAGUAGCAAACAAAUCCAGUCCCCUUUCGUCAGAAGGCAUUUUCAGAACUUUAACGUGUCUGUUGCUGCUGUUCAUGAAUGAUAUCGAACAUGAUGGACUCAUGUUAGUGUAUAUUACUGAAUUAACAUGAGGUUGUAUGAUCAACUUCAGUUCCUGAUAUCAUUUUCUGGACCAACAAGGUGGACUUUAUCCUACUUCCUAAGACAUGCUGCAGAGAGAACUAUGUUUUUCUUAUAUAAACUUUUUGCAUGUGUUUUAUUUUCUCUUAAGAUUUUUUUUUUUUUUAAGAUGAAACUAAAGAGUUGUAGUUUAUGAUGCAAUUGUCAUUGUUAUUGUUUCUUGUAUGAGAGUGGAAUUUAAGCUAGAAUUUGGCGUUGGACUUGGAAAUUGUUUCUUCCAUUGUUAUUUAUUUUCCAUGUCA